AUGAGUAUCUAUUUUUGUAAAUCUGUAUCCAUGUUUAUAAAAAUAGUCAAAAGUACUGUAAACGUACACGACUACACGUACACGUGUACAUCAUUCGUGCACAUCACACGCGUGAUCUGUCGCUUCCUUUCGCACUACUACUACUACUACUACUACUACUACUACUACUACUACUACUACUACUACUACUACUACUACUACUACUACUACUACUACUACUACUACUACUACUACUACUACUACUACUACUACUACUACUACUAG